UUCUUUUGUUUAUAAAAAUGGCUCCACGUGCUGUUUCCAGGUCGUCUCUGCUGAACCACAUGGCCAGAGAGCAUUCCUUCAGCAUCGGACUGCCGGACAACAUCGUCUACUGCAGCGAGUUCCUCGACACGCUGCAGGACAAACUGGACAGUCUGCAGUGUCUGUACUGCGAGAAAACGUUUCGAGAUAAAACCACGCUAAAGGAUCACAUGAGGAAAAAAGCUCACCGCCGCAUCAACGCCAAAAACCACGAGUACGACCGCUUCUACGUCAUCAACUACCUGGAACUGGGAAAAACGUGGGAGGAGGUGCAAAGCGAAGAUGACCGUGAGCUGGCGGAUGAUGAGGAUGAUGAUUGGUCGGACUGGCAGGCUCAUCCGGUCUCUGCAGUGUGUCUGUUCUGUGAUCACCAAUCGGAGACGUUGGAGCAGAUCUACGCGCAUAUGAAGGUACGGGAACGUAGAAGUUUCAGAGAAGGAAAAUAUCGUUUUCUGCUUUUCUUCCCUGAAACGAUUCUGCAAAGGAUUCUGGGAGAACGGAGACGGUGCACGCCAACAGGAAACGAUCUGCUUCCUGAGGUCUCUGCAAACAUGUGAAUCCAUCGUUAGCACAAAACAUGGAUUUUACUCAAAAAGUGCCCUCACACACAGAUGGACCGAAGCUGAAGAGCUUUUAAAAUGAA